GGAAGUGACCAGCACUGACUUGGAGGCUGCUGAUUGGUUGUGGUUGUUGUGUGUUUCAGACUUGUUGCAGCAGCAGAGUGACGGAGAUGUUCGGAGGGACAAGAAACAAACGCUACGCCAUCAACCCAGUGGGACAUAAGUGGACUCACCACAACAUCACGUACAGGAUCAUAAAGUUUCCAAACACUCUGAAUGUCGAGGACACGAGGAAGGCCAUCAGUAUAGCCUUCACUAAGUGGAGCGAUGUGUCUCCGCUAACCUUCACCGAGGUUACGGAUGGCAACACCACCACUGACAUCACCAUCGGUUUCUACACCUUCAACCACACUGACUGCUGGUGGUCUCCUCUUCACCCGUGUUUCGACGGGCUGAACGGCGAGCUGGCUCACGCCUUCCUGCCACCGCGUGGAGAAAUCCACUUUGACAACCAUGAAUUCUGGAUCCUCGGCAAGUCCAGGUUCAGCUGGAAACAAGGGGUGUGGCUCAAUGACCUGGUCCAGGUGGCGGCUCAUGAGAUCGGUCACGCUCUCGGUCUGUGGCACUCCAGAGACCCUCAGGCUCUGAUGCAUCCCAACGCCACGUACACAGGGCAGAGGAACAUCGCACAGGACGACGUCUGGGGCAUCCAGAGACUUUACG